AUGGAAACAUCUCGUCGCCCGUAUCUGAAGGACCUCGCCCACCGUGGCGUCAUCCAGGGUGCCACCAUCUCACCUAGUGGAAAGAAUUCGGACUUCUGUCACUACUUUGGCGGCGUUCGAUACGCUCUUCCUCCCCUCCAGCGAUGGCGACGAGCUCGCCGCUUGUCGUCGAAUUUCAGCUACGGCACUAAACAAUCGCCUGGUCAGUGCGACAGCGGAGCGGGGUUAUGUCCGCAGCCCGGCUUCCUACAACUCUCACCUGAGAACCCGGACGCCUGGUCGGAGGAUUGCUUCCAGUGCAACGUAUGGGUUCCAACAGGCCAGCCCCCUCAAGGUGGAUGGCCUGUUUAUGUUUUUAUCCAUGGUGGCUGGCUCCAAUUCGGCUCUCCAAAUGGCUUCAAUGCGGGGGCAUUGCUAGGCGAAACCGAUUUCAAUGCUGUGGUCGUCAUGCCUGCAUAUCGCGUGAAUCUGUUUGGAUUCCUUUAUUCGGCUGAGUUAGCAGAUGAUGCCGCGUCUGUCGGCGAAACAGUUGGUAACCAUGGAUUCUGGGAUCAGAGACUGGCAUUGGAAUGGACAAAGGAGAAUAUUCAAUUGUUCGGCGGAAACCCCGACAACAUUACAAUCUCCGGUUACUCUGCGGGUGCCAAUUCUGUCUUCCACCAGCUCGCAUAUGACCUCCGUCAACCAGAUUCACAGGCCAUCAUUCGCCAAGCAUGCAUGUUCUCUAACUCACCCGCCGUGCAGCCAAAGAGUCCAGCCGAGACACAAAUACAAUUUGACCAACUGCUGACUGCGCUUGAAAUUCCGCUGACUCUUUCUGGGAACGAGAAGCUGGCCAGGCUCCGGUCGCUGCCAGCCAAAGCCCUUCUCGACGCUGGGAAGACAAUCGAUGUGCAUCAAUUCAGACCUACUACUGACUCUGGUUUCGUCCUUCCAACACUCUUCGAGUCACUUGAUAAUGGCGAGUUUGCGCGCCGAAUGCUUACUCGGAAGAUACGCCUAAUGUUAGGCGAGUGCCGCGACGAAAGACAUUUAUACGCUGUUUGGUUCCCGCCCAAGGCAAACACAUUAUCUGCACUCCGGACUCGUCUGGUCGCCGACUACCCCGAGCGGAUUGUCGAUGCUGUGCUCCCAUUGCAUUACCCUAAUGGUCAAUUCCCGUCUGAUUGCAAGGACUGGGUCUCUGAUGCCUGGGGGAAGAUCUAUGCUGAUAUGCAGGUUCAUCAUAUGCAGCGUGGAUUCAUGCAUGCGCUUACGUCUAACACUGGAGGUGUGGACGCUUCGAGCCUACUGUAUAGGUAUCGCAUCGAGUACCGUGCCAAGUGUAUGGAUAAAGCGCUGCCCAUCGAAUGGGGUGUAACGCACUCGUCUGAUUACCCGCUGUGGUUCUGGGGUAACGGAGAUGUUCUCAACUCGACUGAGAAGAAGAACACAUAUGAAGCUUUGAUAGGUCCCUUGGGCCGCUUCGUGCAGGGCCCGACUGCGGCUGGUCAAGAUGGAUUUGGCUGGGGAACUAGCGGGCAACAAGGCGUGCGAACCUUCAAGCCAGACGGAACGGUCAAGAUUGAACGUGAUGCAAUGUGGUACGAGGGUGUGAAAGUGUGGAAGAAACUUAGACAGGCGGACCAGUCUAAGCCAAAGCUGUAA